GAGUCUUGCGAAUUCUGGAGAUCCGUGGCCGCAGCUAGCUAGCUUUCUCGGAAUGCUCGCGCAUGCGCAAUAUCAUACGAGGCUUGGCCACCGUCAUCACGAAUUCCAGUCCAAAGGUUCAUCGAUAAACAAUCAUGGCAGCUAGAACAAAAACAAAGAAGGGAAAGAAGAGGGCUCAGCGUGCGACGUCCAAUGUCUUUGCUAUGUUUGACCAAGCACAGAUCCAGGAAUUCAAAGAAGCUUUUAAUAUGAUCGAUCAAAAUAGAGAUGGCUUCAUUGAUAAAGAGGAUCUACAUGAUAUGCUGGCCUCUCUUGGUAAAAACCCAGCUGAUAAAUACCUUGAAGACAUGAUGAAAGAAGCUCCAGGACCAAUCAACUUUACUAUGUUCCUGACACUCUUUGGAGAGAAACUCAACGGUACUGAUCCUGAAGAAGUCAUUGUAAAUGCAUUUGCUUGCUUUGACCCUGAAGCUUCUGGUGUAAUCCCAGAAACCUAUCUUCGUGAGCUCUUGAUGACUAUGGGAGAUCGUUUCACUGAGGAUGAGGUAGAUGAAGUGUUCGUAGGGCGUCCUAUCAAGGAUGGUAAGUUCAACUAUCGUGAGUUCAGUCGUGUCCUCAAACACGGAACAAAGGAUCCUGAUGAUGACCCAAGACCUUGAACACACCUCCCUUCAUCUGCAUUUAAAAAAAAAACAUUUUUUUAUGGAUGGUGGGGAAUGGGGGAAAGUAAUUGUGCUCCAUGGAGACUUCAACUUUCUGUUAAAUAUAAAUCUGUGUAGUUGCUUCCAUCUCAAUAAUCAAUAGAAAGGACAAUGGUAGUCAUUUAACUUGGGCCUUUUCUAAUAUUUUUACUAUCAUUCAUAGAUGAUUGAUUCUUGGGCAGGUGAUAUAUUUUUCAGUUUUAUUUCAUUCAUUUAUUUCUGGGAUAGGUGAUAGAGUUUGUCUUCAAUCAAAAUUUUGCAAAAUAUUUUGAGCUUAGAGAAUACUACACACAGGAUGUUAGAUGAGACGUCAUUUUUGUCCAUGCUUCAUAAUUCAAAUAACUUGGGGGUAUCUUUGAAAUAUAUUCCCUGCUGGAGCUCAGAGAGUAGCUGUUUCUCCUAUGCAAAAGUAAAUUAAUGUGAGUCAAUAGGCCUUCUGCCUUGCAAAGAAAGACUUUCGAAAACAUGAUUUGUCCUUCCCAAGUUGGCGCACUCUUAUUCAUUUUCACUAUUCUACACACGGUACUUCUGAAAAGCAAAUCGUUAGACGAAAACUGCCUGUAGAGCAAAAGAAAAUGUGAAAGAAAUUUUUUUUCUCAUGUUGUCAGAUGGGCUGCUCUAAAUUUCUUACUUCAUUUAUAUGAAAACCGAAUGCCAUAAUAACAGCGGAUUUCCUUAUUGAACCUUACGCAAAGGCAGCAUUAACCUUGCCCGGGUGAACUUUACUUAUAUAAAAGAAAUGUCUUGGCCUGCAUCAUAUAAAACCUUGACAAUACUAAUUGCCAUAUCACUACAUGUAUGUACUGUUUACAAUGUAUUAUAACAGACUAGUAUGAUCAGGUCCUAUGAGUAUAGGAUAUAGUUAUUAUGAAUUCCAUAUCAAAUCAAAAAAAUAAUUAUGUGAAUUAAUGCAAAGGGUAAUUCUAAAUUUUUUAUGUUUAUCUAGUUUUAUUUCUUUUUCAUUAUUUUUUUUUCUAAUAAUGAUUAAUAAUCAAACGAGUUGGCAUUUCAAACUUGACUUAUUUCUUUACCUAGUCAAAUUGUUGGACACUCUCUUGUAAUUGAUGAUGCAGGUGGUUUUGGACUUGUAAGGAAUUUAUUGUAGGAUUUUAUUAAAAUUGAUUUAAAAGUAUAUAUAUAUAGUCAUGUUUUCUCCAAUCCUUGCAUUAUGUAUUGUUUAGAUCUAUAGAGACAUACAAAGCUUCCAAUAUAUGAUUAGAUUUUGAACUUGGUUCAAAUUAAUUAGAUAUUAUGUUCAUUAUAGUUCCUUUUUAUUUGUUUUUAUACCUACCAUCUGCUAUGGAUAUGCUACUGGUUUGAUCAUUAUUUAAAUGAAAUGGGCGCAUUUUGCUUAACCAUGUAUACGUUUAGUAAACCGCUUUGAUCCAUUUGUAUUUAGAGUAUACAUUUAUAGUUUGAAUACAGAAGAUGAGAAAGUCAUUUUGUAUUUUUAAUAGGUUAAUUUGUGUGCAUAUGCAUUACCAUUAUUAGAAUAAAAUAAGUUUUGAUGUGCUCAUUAUAUAAUGUUUGAACUCUCUAGGUGUUGGGUUACAGGUAAACCAUCCCAUGAUUCCUGCAAAACCAUGUGAGCAAAAAGUAAAGUUUAUUAUAAUUUCAUGAGGGUCACUUGCUUUAUAUUCUAUGAAUUGGUGCUUCUUGUAAAUGUAUGUAUGUAUUACAUACAUGUAGCUGAAUUGACCAUACCUCCAUACCAUUAUAAUGUUGACAGACGACUAUACAUGUAUACAUGUAGGUUCAAAUAUUCAAAUUUAAUUGCAUUGUAAAUGAAAUUCUGCAAUAUUAUCUUCCACAGUGAGCUAUUGUUGUGCAUUUAUCACAUACAUCAAUCAUCCAUCUAUUUCUUCAAAAUAAAUUGUUGAUUUACAUGUAAACAACCAGCACUCAAUUUUCCAAUUGAAAGGAGAAAUAAAUCAUACUGGGAAAGCGGUUAUAUCACUGCAGUUUGACCUUUGACAUUUAUAGUUUUUGCAAAAGUGAUUGCUGUAGGGUCUACCGAUAUGUUAUCACUACCUCGUGCAACCCAGUUUAACACACAUGCAAAGUUGCAAGAGUUGCAUACACUAGUUGGUGUAGUUGACAACAAUGUAUUUUAAGUUUAAUAAACCAGUAUGUGUGCAUUGUAUUAUCAGUACACCCAUAUAAAUGAGAGCUUAAAAGCAUUCCCUUUGCAGUACACUAUUCCAAUCAUUAUCAUUCCUUAUAAAUAACACAAUAUCCAUUUUAUAAAUUCAUGUUUAAUAGAGGUUUUGCCCAUGAUUUCGAUAAACUGUUAUAUCCUCAUCUUGUAAGCUGGACUAUGGAACAUUCCUUGGCCAGCUGAAAGAUGCUUAUUGCUCAAAUCUUUACGCCGUUUGACAUGACACGGGUACAUGAAUAUAUAAAAUGGAUUUUCCUGAUACAUUCUGAUAUAUGUAUUCCAAAGAUCUGGUUUAGUUCUCUUUCAAGUAUUACAUUAUUUAAUAUUCUUACAUUUUCCAUAAAAGAAUCAUAAUUAUUUUUAGUAAGGUUACCCACAAGGAUGUUUUAAUCACUAAUGUUGUGAUAUAAUUGCUUGAUAUGUAAUAGCUAGAUAGUAGAUACUGUAUAUCAUUGCAUUAAUAUUUUGAAUUGAUAAAUUAUAAUGAUUAACAUUA